GUAACAGUGUGAUACAAAAAGAAACCGUCGUCCCACCCGAAACAGCAGAGGAGUUCGAAGACAGCACACAGAUUCUCUAUUGCUCUCCACGGUAACCUCCGACACAAGCUGAAAAAGCAAAACCCUAACCCUAACUCCACCAAAAUGAUGCGUGUUCCUCUCUCUCAAGAAUCUCUCUCCUCCUCUCCCUUUUCUUCUUCUAUAAAUCCCGCCUCUCCUCCCUGAACCACAUUGCUUCUCCUUCUGCCCCAUUCCAGCCUAGCCUUUUAUUUUCACUCCUCCUAUACUCUCCUUCUCUUGUUACUAUGCCUACCAUUGAUCUGGACGAUAUUGUGCCCAAGGUUUCACGAUCUGCUGCUCUGCGUUUCUCGCCAUUGCUCGUUAUCAAUGGCCUUUCUCGGAAGGCUUCUUUCUAUUGGAAGCUUCCUCAACAGCCCAUCAAGCUCUCUGUUCUCAAAUUGGAUGGCUCUUGUUUCCAAAUUGAAGUAACAAAGACAUCAACUGUUGCAGAGCUCAAGCAGGCAGUGGAGGAUGCCUUUAGUCAUUUGCCGAAGAAGGGACCUGGAAAGAUUUCAUGGCUGCAUGUUUGGGGCCAUUUCUGCUUAUGUUAUAAUGAUCAGAAGCUAGUAACUGAAACCGAGUAUAUCAAAAACUAUGGGAUCAAAGACGGUGAUCAGGUGCAGCUUCAUUUUGUCCGGCAUCAAUCAAUCAACUAUAACUUGAGAAAAAGGCGACAAAAAAGGCGGUGUGGUGCUUUGACACAACCCAGAAUGUCGUCCUGCAGAUCAGAUGGCUGUGAAGAGAAAGAAUCCAAUGGCGAAGAAGAUGAUAAUCAAGAGAAUCAGAAGAAGGAAAUUUUCAGAAAACGGGAGAAGUUCAAAUUGUCAAUGUUAUUGGGUGGUUGGUUCUCAUACUCCAAACUCACAAGCCCAGGAAGAAGGAAAUAUGAAGGCAAGACCAGUAAAUCAAAAUUUACCAGUGGCUUGUUGGGCAGUUUUAGAAAGAUGGUACGGAUUUACAAUAAGAAAUCCGCCUUCUCAAAGAAUGGCAUGGAGAGAGGAUUAAUGGGGUCCAAGUAAAAUGCACUACUGAGGGUAUUUGAAUGGUUAAAUUUCAUCGGCUUCAAAUUGGAAAGCUGUGUGCUGAUGCUGUGUUGGAAAGAUCAUACAUGGAGAGAGGAUAAGUUCAAUUAAAAUGCACAUUUCUGAGACUGCCUGCCUGGAGAUUUUUGUUUUGUUCAACCAUUCUUCAAAUCAACAAUAUGCUAUUGAAACUUCUCUACUUGUUGAAAUUUUGCUUACAAAGCAGAAUGAAUGUAAAUGAGUAAGAGUUUGGUUGGGUCCAUACGGUUAAUCAUCCACUAGAUGCUACUGGGAUACCCUGAGCUGGUGUUUGGUUUUUCUGUUUGGGCUAGAGUCACGAGGUGCAUUAUGCAGUAUACCUGUGAAAUAAAGGAAAUUAAUUACAAAUCA